AUGGCGUACAGGCGAACAACGAGCGUGUCAGAGAACGACCCUGUGUACAGAGUGGUGCGCCCCAAACCCCGCACACCACGCUUAUUAAAAACGGACCCAUUUAACACCAAAACUACUCCAAAUGAUCUCCACUGGGCUGCAGAAAAGGGAAAUAUCAAUCUUCUGGCUCAUCUCCUUAUGGAGAACCAGGGUACAAACAUCACCGACCCCUUUGGCCGCACACCCCUCCACGAGGCAGCUGCCAAUGACCAGCUCCAAGCUGCAGACUGGCUGAUGUUCCACGGUGCAGAUCCGCACAUCAAGGACUUUGUAAGUACACGAAUACCCAGAAAGAUUAUGUGA